AUGAAUGAAUCCCAAGGAAUCCUCGACAUUCAGUCCUAUUACCCCCUCCUGGAUAAUCACUACACUAUCUCCCGUGCCCCUUCGUUAAUGGAGGUUGCAGCAACAUCCACCGUCUGCACACCUGUGCCAACGGAGAUUGUCACCGAUGGUGCCAAGAGACAAGACUGUGCUCCAAAGGAUGAAACCAUCCAUAGUGUUCUGUACAUUGCGAUAGAGGACAUUAUGGCCUACAAGUUCAGCCACACGGUGUUGGACAAAUUGUCUGGUGCGGUCUACUUGCAGCCUAUGGAAGGGGAGGAUGACAUUCGCGCUCCUGCCUUAUCUAACAAAUUGGACUCCGUCUUUCUGCCUCCCGCAUUUGAAAAACUCUCCCUGCAGAUCUCCGUCAUCUCCGUCCAUGAAAGAUGGGGCUUCCGAAAAUACCCGUAUGUGCUCUUGCGACCCAGCGCCGAAACCAACCGAGCUUCCGACGCCACCGCUGAUGUUGACAAACCUCACGACCAACUAUUCCUCGGCCGACCCAUUUACCAUGACUCUUGGUAUGGGAACGGUUACGUGGUAGAAAUUCUCUAUAUCACCGACAAACAUGUUGUCUUCAAUGCGGUAUUCAUCAGCCCAACAGUGGGGAAAGGACAUUACAAAGUCACCAUGGUAGCACGAGCCAUGGAUUUCAUGUUACCGAAAUGGAAGAAAUACGAGCACGUGUGGGAGUUGGUAAAGGCGAAAUUAGGAUGCAAACCGAGUUUGAACCUUAUUCCUACUCACGCGGAUCACGAUAUAGAAUACGAAAGGUACACUCCCCUUGUUCACAGAUAUUUACAUGCCGCACUUACUCCAGAAUUUUGA